AUGGCUUCUGUUGAAGGAAGUGAUCACUCUAAUCCAACGCACACUCAAUCCACGCGACCAAUCUCCAAUUCCAAUGCACAGACCAAUUCGCCCAAUCCUUUUCUGCUAAGUGCAAGUGAGAAUCUAGGUAAUAUCUUAGUCACUCAGCCAUUGUUGGGAAUGAAGAACUAUCAAUCUUGGUCUAGGGCUAUGGUUCUAGCACUCACUGCCAAGAAGAAGAUAGGCUUCGUGAAUGGAAAGAUUGAGAAACCUACAGUUGAUUCUCCAUUGUAUGAAGAUUGGGAAAGUUGUAACACAAUGGUGCUUUCUUGGUUGAUUAAUUUGAUGCAUUUUGAUGUGUCAAGUGGUAUUAUAUAUUGUAAGACUGCGAGGGAGAUGUGGCUUGAGUUGCAGCGUGUGUUUUCUCAGGGAAAUGGACCAAAAAUUUAUAACCUUCAACAAGAAAUCUCUCAGAUAACUCAGAGUCAAUUAUCAAUGACUGAAUAUUACUCUAAGUUCAAGAAGCUUUGGAUCAACUACUUCAUCAUGAACCUUUGCUAA